AUGGUAUCCCCACUGCUAGGAAAUCACGAAGGCGUCUCCUGUGAUGGCUGUACUCAAACGGCAUUCUACGGAAAUCGUUAUAAAUGUCUACGAUGCGCUGAUUUCGAUCUCUGUUUUAGCUGUUAUACCACUAAAAACUUUGGACAAGAACGUCCAGAUCCAGAUGUGCCACCUCACGAAGAAUCUCAUCCGAUGCAAUUGAUUCUCAGUGCUGUAGAUUUUGAAUUAGUCUACGAAGGCGACCCGAAUCGACGAUACGACGAGCGAAAAAUCGUCUCAUUCGUGUGUCCGUACUGCAAUUUAUCCGGUCUCACAGAACGACAAUUCGGCAGUCACGUGACGACGGUUCACUCCGAUCCGCCUGGUUUUAGUGUGAUAUGCCCAUUAUGCAUUGGUAUCACCGAUAUGGAGCACAAUUCCUCGAAAACCACUGAAAAUUUGAGCCAUCACUGGUUGGAAGUUCACGGAAACGCAAUGGACGUGCUCCGUGCCUCUGAACCCCUAAUCAACGCCACCCGUCCAGCUCAAAGACGACCAAUGUUGGCUCGUCGAACUCAGCGAGCCGGUGGUGGAGCAACUCGAACGACGGGAGUUCCCGGUGCGGGACGACUUCUUCAAGACGAAUUGGGUGGUGACGUGGCAGAAUUAAUAAGAAAUAUCCGACCGGAUACAGCAGAAGAGUUGAGAAGAAUGACCGAAUUGUUGAGUGCGCCGACGAAUUCAAUAAUCAGCAGAAAUGCUCAGAGAAUGAUGGCGAAUGCGGCGGGAAUCGAGAGACCGCCCGUCGUUGUGGAGAGUGCAAUGACGGUAGAUCAUCACGUACAACAGGUUAUUCGACCCAUGACAACUAUCCCAAUAUAUCCACCGACUUCUGAUGAAUCUGGAGAUGAAACACCUCAGCCGGCAGCUGAUUCUGCUGAUGAAUCGGAAGAUGGGAAUGAGAUUCGAGACGAUUUGGAGAGAAAACCGGUCGUCGAGGAUGAAGACCUGAAAAACGAUGAAUUCUGGCAGACGUUGAAGACGAGAAUCCCGGCGGAAGACGUCGAGAUGAUUCUGGAGACAAUGAAGACGACGGCGAAAGUGAAGGAGGAGAAAGAGGAGAAGAUGAUGCCUGUUUGGACGGCACGACCAUCGAAACCAAUGGCCAAUGCGGCACUGAUAACGACUACUUCGGAUUCGGAAGGCGAACCAGGCUGGCUUCCUCUCCUCUUCGAAACGACUCCUCUCCGCUCGACGGGAUGCGGUGGCUACUGGUCCGAUAAGCGAUUUCUGCGUCCCCGAAAGAUGCAAAGAGAACAAUCCGUGGCGAGUUCAAAUGCGGAGAUAAUGGAGAAAGCCGAAGUGGCAAUGGCUCUUUGCAGAGCUUCGUGUGCUCAUCAACCUGAAUUUAGUGACUUAUCGAAACCAGAUAUUGCACUGAAAGAGGCGUUGAAACAUCUGAAAUUAGGAGAGAAACCGAAGGAAAUGAUGGAAUAUCAGCCGGCAGAGGAAUUGGUUCAGAUGCCUGAAAGAGAUCCAAUUACCACUGGAGAGGAAGAGAUUGAGAUUCCAGAUUUCACAGCCAGAGGUUAUGGACAAAUUGUUGAUGGAAAUGUGCCGUUGGGUGUUGUUCCUGAAGCGGAUGAAGCCAUAACCAACUCAGAAGACGAAGAAGUCGCGAAUGAGUCAUCUGGAGAGGACGAAGACGAGCAAGAAGACGAAGAGGACAGUCAGGACAGCUCCAUUCAAGGGGAUGUCAAUAUUGCAUAA